AUGUUGUUGAUGUUGAUUGGUUAAACGUUCAGGCUUUAGGACCGCGCGGAUCACGUUCUCGGUUGGCUGUGGCUCGUUGUGAACCGUUGGUACUCCUCGGCCACGGCCACGGUGACGGUACAGAUAACACUUGGCUGACGGAGGAGGCUAUAUCUUAUCAUGUAGCUGCGCAGCUCUGGGACUUUACCUGACAAACCUGUUCGUUUUGCCCUUUACGUUAUGCGGGCAAAAAUGAUGUGAGGAUGGCCAAGCGACCGGGGACUGAGGACGGGAUGGUGACUUCGCCCACCGUUCUGCGGAAUUUCGCCGCCGAUUUGAGCAUCGGAGACGUGAACAUGGACUGCGGCGACGGAGCCGAGGAGCUCUCUUUAGAAGAAAUCCUGGCUUUGUACAGCCAGCCGAUAAACGAGGAACAGGCAUGGGCAGUGUGUUACCAGUGUUGUCGGACUUUAGCGCAGAAACACCGGAGGAGAAGCUCCAAGUCUGCCGUUGUCUCAUCAGCCGAGCACCCGAGGAGAAUUGAGGGACCCGGGAAUGUGAGGCUCGGGAAAGACGGGACUGUCAAACUGCACUUUGAAGACAGCGCAGAUAAAUACCAGUCGGCCCCUACGUCAUUAGAGGUUAUUGACUCACUGGGUGUCAUGAUCUACAAAGCUCUAGACUAUGGCCUCAAAGAAAACGAAGAGCGCGAGCUCAGCCCGCCUCUGGAGCGCCUCAUCGACAUGCUGACCAACACGGAGGAAACGGAGAGUGACCCCUGUCCCGACGAGGGCUACGAGGCCACAGAAGAAGAGGAUGAAUGCGAAGAAGAGGAGGAAGGGGACCUCGUGUCUGAUGGCUCCAGCAGUACAAUCAGUAGCAUCCGGAGCUAUCGAGACAUCAUCAUGCUAUGUUCUUCCCACCUACCUAGUCCAUCAGAUGCCCCCAACCAUUACCAGGCUGUGUGCCGGGCUCUGUAUGCUGAGAGCAGAGAACUGCGCACUUUCUUGGAGAAGAUCAGGAGUGCCAAGGAGAACCUUCGGAAGAUGGAAGGGGAGACUCAGGAAGAACCUGUUAAAGACCUCAAUGAGCUGCAAAAUGCAGACUGGGCACGGUUCUGGGUACAGGUGAUGAGAGAUCUAAGACAUGGUGUAAAGUUGAAGAAGGUCCAGGAGCGCCAGUACAACCCACUACCCAUAGAGUAUCAGCUCACACCCUACGAGAUGCUGAUGGACGACAUCCGUUCAAAACGUUACAAGCUGCGAAAAGUCAUGGUGAAUGGGGACAUUCCUCCACGGUUAAAGAAGAGCGCACAUGAGGUCAUUCUAGAAUUCAUCAGGUCACGACCUCCUCUCAACCCUGUCUCUGCUCGCAAACUCAAACCACACCCUCCGCGUCCCCGGAGCCUUCACGAGCGACUGCUGGAGGACAUAAAAGCGGAAAGGAAGCUGAGGCCGGUUUCACCCGACAUGAUCCGCAGAAACCGUCUGGUCAUGCGACCCCUUAGCAUGUCUCACAGCUUUGACUCAUCAGGUGCAGGGAAAAGCAUCAGCACUCCUCAGGACUUGUUCCGCAGCUCAGACACUCCUGAUGCUCGGAGGAAGUUGACCUGCAGCACGCAUUCACUGUCCAGCAGCAUAGCGGGACCAAAUCAGGGUGGCGGGCAGGCGCUUAGCCAGAGAAAGAGGGUGCUCAAAGCGCCCACGCUGGCGGAACUGGACGGCUCCGAUUCCGAUGAGGAAACCACACAGAGCAGCUCCAGCAUGUCCACGUCUUUAAUAGAAGACACGUCUCCUGACUCCGUCACAGCCACGAAGGCUCCUCCAAAAUUCCUGCCCGUCUCCGCCACCCCACAGCCAGACAAGCGACAAUCUUCACAGAGGCGGCAUUCUAUCGAGAAGGAGUCCCCUACCAGCGUCAGGCCUUUCUUACCAUCAUCCAGACGGAGCUCAAAGUCUUUGUUAAUGACGGAUUCCAGUGGCAAGGUGGAUGCCGGCAGUGGCGCUCAGGGCUCGGAGGAGUUCUGUUACCCGGUGGAGUGUUUGGCUCUGACGGUGGAGGAGGUGAUGCACAUCAGGCAGGUCCUCGUCAAGGCCGAGCUGGAGAAGUUUCAGCAAUACAAAGAAAUCUACAACGCUCUCAAGAAAGGAAAGCUUUGCUUUUCUUGCAGGAUUAAAAGGUUCUCCAUCUUCACCUGGUCCUAUACAUGCCAGUUCUGCAAAAGACCUGUGUGUUCCCAGUGCUCGAAAAAGAUGCGGCUGCCGUCUAAGCCCUAUUCUACCCUGCCUAUCUACUCUCUGGGUCCCAGUGCUGUGGUUAAAGAAGACACAGGCACAUCUUCUGCCCCAGCUGAGCCAGAAAAGCAACCCUUUGGGUCUGCGCACGCCCGGCACAGUCUGCGCAGAAGGUUGUCCAAGCACAGCAUCAGCAAAGACGGGCGGUCGCAGGACGAGCUAGAGCUGCCCAAGGAGCUCACUGAGGACUGGGUCACCAUGGAGGUCUGUGUGGACUGCAAGAAGUUCAUCACGGAGACCAUCACCUCCAGCAGGCGCAGCCUGUGCGUGGCCACCAAGCGGGCCCGCCUCAAUCGCAGAACCCAGUCGUUCUACAUGUCGUCGUCCAGCUCUGUCAACUUCAGGCCUUCGGAGCGAACCAUCAAUGAGAUGUAGAACAUCGGACUGAGUUCCUCAUGAAUGAAAAUGUGUUUGAGCGACUUCUGGCUGCUUCACAGGAAGGACUAAUUACUGAAUCCACUAGAAACACACCACUGAAUUGAAUGUAGGCACUUUAAGUAUAGGACUGUCAUCCUUUACCAAUAUUUUAGCCUUUUCAAAUCACAGUCUCACACAUGUGUUCAAAGUGUGUGUGUUUGGGGGUAAAAAGUUGUUACAAAAUGAA